CAUCCGGCGCGGGGGUGCCCAAGUUGCGGGGGAGCUGGGACCCGCCACCGCGGCCCCCGCGCGGCCACGGCCACCGUCUGAGCGCCAGCCUCGCCCCCUGUCCGAGAGCAGCCAAGGCUGGAUACAUUUUUUAAAAGCCCAACUGCAAACAACUCUGGCGAUGCCAAAAUUCCCAGCCGAGUGACAGGGCUUGGGAGGAGGCUGCUUCUGGCUGUGCUAGCUCUCGGGUCGCCUGUGCCUCCUCUGCGACUAGGAAAGGCUGUGUGUGCUCUGGCAAGAGGGAUUUGGAAAUUAGAGGGAAAGCUGCACUCAACUCUAUCGUGACCUCAAACUCUGUGGACCGGAUAAAAGAAUAUCUAAAUAUUGGAAGUAAAGUCGUGGUCAAGGAGGAUCAGCAUCAUCGGAGGAUGGAAGUUUUCCCCUUGCUCUUGUUUCUGUCCCUCUGGUGGUCUCGAACCUGGGACCUGGCGACCGCCGAUUCCAUCAUCCACAUCGGAGCAAUUUUUGAUGAAUCUGCUAAAAAAGAUGACGAGGUAUUCCGCACAGCAGUUGGUGACCUCAACCAGAAUGAGGAAAUCUUGCAGACUGAGAAAAUCACAUUUUCCGUAACAUUUGUUGAUGGAAACAACCCUUUUCAAGCUGUUCAAGAAGCGUGUGAACUUAUGAACCAGGGCAUCUUGGCCCUGGUCAGCUCCAUUGGUUGUACAUCAGCUGGGUCCCUCCAGUCUUUGGCAGAUGCCAUGCAUAUCCCCCACCUCUUCAUUCAGCGCUCAACAGCUGGGACCCCAAGAAGUGGCUGUGGCCUCACCCGGAGCAACAGAAAUGAUGACUAUACUCUUUCAGUUCGUCCUCCUGUCUACUUGAAUGAAGUCAUCCUAAGAGUAGUCACAGAGUAUGCAUGGCAGAAAUUCAUUAUCUUCUAUGACAGUGAAUACGAUAUUCGUGGGAUACAGGAGUUUUUGGACAAAGUAUCGCAGCAGGGGAUGGAUGUUGCUCUUCAGAAGGUGGAAAACAACAUCAAUAAGAUGAUCACCACCCUCUUCGACACCAUGAGGAUUGAGGAGUUGAAUCGCUAUCGAGACACUCUUAGGAGAGCCGUCCUUAUUAUGAACCCUGCCACAGCCAAAUCCUUCAUAAGCGAGGUGGUGGAGACAAAUCUGGUUGCUUUUGACUGUCACUGGAUCAUUAUAAAUGAGGAAAUAAAUGAUGUGGAUGUCCAGGAACUUGUCAGAAGGUCCAUUGGAAGGUUAACAAUCAUUCGGCAGACAUUUCCAGUCCCCCAGAAUAUAAGUCAGCGCUGUUUCCGUGGCAACCAUCGAAUCUCUUCAACACUGUGUGAUCCCAAGGAUCCCUUCGCACAGAAUAUGGAGAUCUCUAACCUUUACAUCUAUGACACGGUGCUUCUGCUUGCGAAUGCCUUUCAUAAGAAGCUGGAGGACCGCAAGUGGCACAGCAUGGCGAGCUUGUCGUGUAUCAGGAAAAACUCGAAGCCAUGGCAGGGAGGACGGUCUAUGCUGGAGACUAUCAAGAAGGGUGGAGUUAAUGGAUUAACUGGAGAUCUAGAAUUUGGUGAAAAUGGAGGUAACCCCAAUGUCCAUUUCGAAAUUCUUGGAACCAACUACGGAGAGGAACUUGGCAGAGGUGUCCGCAAACUUGGGUGCUGGAAUCCUGUCACGGGUCUGAAUGGGUCACUGACUGACAAGAAACUGGAGAAUAACAUGCGGGGCGUGGUUCUACGUGUGGUGACUGUACUGGAGGAACCUUUCGUAAUGGUUUCGGAAAAUGUCUUGGGAAAACCGAAGAAAUAUCAGGGCUUCUCCAUUGACGUUUUGGAUGCCCUAUCUAACUACCUGGGUUUUAAUUAUGAAAUUUAUGUUGCACCAGACCACAAAUAUGGUAGCCCACAAGAAGAUGGGACAUGGAAUGGAUUGGUAGGAGAACUUGUUUUUAAGAGAGCUGACAUCGGGAUUUCUGCUUUAACCAUCACUCCAGACCGCGAGAAUGUUGUGGAUUUUACAACACGCUACAUGGACUACUCAGUGGGGGUCCUACUUCGGAGGGCAGAAAAAACAGUGGAUAUGUUUGCCUGCCUUGCUCCAUUUGAUCUAUCUCUGUGGGCCUGCAUCGCUGGCACAGUUCUUCUUGUGGGACUCCUGGUCUAUCUCUUGAACUGGCUUAAUCCUCCACGAUUGCAAAUGGGAUCAAUGACAUCUACUACACUCUACAAUUCCAUGUGGUUUGUGUACGGGUCCUUCGUACAGCAAGGUGGGGAAGUCCCAUACACAACUCUGGCAACCCGAAUGAUGAUGGGGGCAUGGUGGUUAUUUGCUCUGAUUGUCAUCUCAUCUUAUACAGCAAACCUUGCUGCUUUCCUCACUAUCACGCGCAUUGAGAGCUCCAUCCAGUCUCUUCAGGAUCUGUCAAAGCAAACAGAUAUCCCUUAUGGCACCGUCUUGGACUCCGCAGUGUAUCAGCAUGUCCGCAUGAAGGGGCUGAAUCCUUUUGAGAGGGACAGCAUGUAUUCCCAGAUGUGGAGAAUGAUCAACCGAAGCAAUGGCUCGGAGAACAAUGUUCUGGAGUCCCAAGCAGGCAUUCAGAAGGUGAAAUAUGGAAACUACGCUUUUGUAUGGGAUGCGGCUGUGUUGGAAUAUGUGGCUAUCAAUGACCCAGACUGUUCCUUCUACACUGUUGGAAAUACUGUUGCUGACCGGGGAUAUGGCAUCGCACUGCAGCAUGGCAGCCCCUACAGAGACGUCUUUUCACAAAGGAUCCUGGAGCUGCAGCAGAGUGGUGACAUGGACAUCCUCAAGCAUAAGUGGUGGCCUAAGAAUGGCCAGUGUGACCUGUACUCCUCAGUGGAUGCAAAGCAGAAGGGAGGAGCCCUGGACAUCAAGAGCCUGGCAGGCGUGUUCUGCAUCCUGGCUGCGGGGAUUGUGCUCUCUUGCCUCAUAGCGGUGCUGGAGACAUGGUGGAGCAGGAGGAAGGGCUCCCGGGUCCCAUCCAAAGAGGCUCCAGCCUUGCCAAAUGAAACUGCAAUGUCUGAAAGAAGCAAUGCUUGGCCAAUAAGGCCAUGCUUGAAGCUUGGCAGUAAUAACUGGAAAAACCAGGCAUCCAGCCAUGGCCUGCACCACUCAGCACAAGUAGGAAGGCCUCUUGAUGACCCAUAGCCUCUACCAUCCCUGGAGAUGCUGAGACCUUACCCACCUCUUGAUCUCAGGCCUCAUUUGAUCCUGAGUACCACAAACUGGUGAGCUGAUACACUGUCUCCUAGAUUUGAAAUUCUUCUUCCAUUCAGGAAGCUGUUCUUCACCAGGCUGUGACACCUGCUACAUUUGCCCCACUGAAGAGGUAGCAACUGACUGCUGCUUUCUGCCGCAGGUCCUGAGUCUGGCCUGGGCCAGCCCAUUAGCCUGGCAGCGAUGAUCCUUGUUCAUUGUGGACUGUUUGUGGACUAUAUGUCUGUGUGUCCUGGUCAAGAGCACUCACACUGAGGUCCAAGUCUGAGUCACAGCAGUGUUAUCCCCAACUUUUACCUGUUCAGGAUUUACCUGGAUCCUCAGACUUUGACAGACAGCAUACAAGGAGAUGAGAUGGACCAAGGAGACUGUGCCUUGGCAAACUUAACUGGAGGAAACAAGAGCUCUCUUCCAGCCCUCGCCUAAUUAGUUGUGACUCUGAUUAAUCCUGUUUUGUCAUAGAUUUCUCUCCAUAUAACUAAAAUAAUGCCAUCUUCAUAUUUACCACAGACCUAGUUUUCUCCAUGCUAAAAAA